UGGGACCUUUUUCAAUCGUUUAUUUUGAAUUAAUUGAAUAAUGAAUAGUCAUGUGAUGAAACGAUUUUUAGCCACUAGGCAUAGAACAAAGCUUCAAGCAGCAAGCACCCAACAAGCGACUCAACCCUGGAACUGGCAUAAGUUCGUCUGGUCUCCAAAAAUGCUACCGAAGAUAAAGACUUUUAUUUGGCGCUGCUCUCUGAACAACCUCCCCACAGGAGAAAAUUUGCGGAGAAGAGGACUGCUGGGUAACACCCUGUGUACAAGAUGUGGAGCUGAGGAAACUUUGGAGCACAUCUUCUUCUCCUGCGCACCAGCCAAAGCAGUGUGGGAGCUAUGCCCAUGGACCGAGCCAAUGGACCCACUAUCUUGUACCUCAUUCAGAAACACUCUAGAAAUCUCUUUUUCUAAAGUCAAUCUCCCCCCGAUAGGAACAUCAGCCAACAUCUUUGCCUGGGUUUGCUGGAGCUUGUGGAUCAAUAGAAACCAAUUCACCUUUGAGAAUAAAAGCACAGCACCACGAGAUAUCCUCUCCAAGGCUAUUGCUCUCCUGAAAGAAUGGGAGUUCGCCCAACCCCCACCUGCCCAAUCACCAAACAUACCCCCGCCGCUAAUCCCGACUCAAAUAUCAUCAUCGGCCACCAUAAUCUGCUGCUCUGAUGCAGCUUGGAAGAAGGACUCGGGCGAGGCGGGGCUGGCUUGGAUCUUCAAAAAACACACAGGAGAGGAAAUCAGCAGAGGCUGUCGCCACGACUACCACGUUUCAUCGGCGCUCAUGGCGGAGGCUCUGGCGGUUCGGGCGGCUCUGGAACACGCUUUCUCCCUCAAUCUCAACAUCAUCUGGUUACGAUCAGACUGCAAGAGGCUUAUCCAAGCCAUCAACUCGACUCAAGGAUCGGUAGAACUCUACGGGGUACUAGCUGACAUUGAAUCGAUCAUCGCUUCUUCUCCUUCUUUUAGUUUUCACGCUUCUUUUAUUCCCAGAGCUCUUAAUGGGCCAGCAGAUCUUUUAGCCAAGAGCUCCCUCUGUAACAAACUUUCAGUGCUGGGCUCAGGCCCACACUAGAUUUCUCCUUUCCUUAAUGAUUUAUUCAGUUGAUCAAAAAAAAAAAAAAAAAGCCACUAGGCAUAGAAAGGUCGUGCUUAAUUGACGUGUUUAACUAUAUCUGUUAUUUCCACGCAGCAUAUCUUUAUAUAUAAAAGAGAGUUUCCUCUCUCCAGGACGCGCCACGUCAGCGGCCAGCUAGAUAAGUCGAUGUCUCUCAUCGCGACACGUGUCGCGUGCGAACGAAACUAUGCGUUUCAUUUAUCUGAGAAUCGUAUUGGGUUUUCCUUAUUUCUUACGUCUUGCGCUCUAUGUCUAUCGUUCGCUGCGGCCCAAUAGAUAUUACGCGACCUCUAACCCUAAUUGCUCAAUCACGUGAAAUCCUUUCGUUCCUCUCUUUCUGCAGCGGCGAUAUAUGACGUCUGCUAUACCUUUCUCUUGAUUGAAACGGCCAGAGUUAUGGAUCCGUCUUUAUUCCAAUUUAAUUCAAUCGUCCACUACAGACUCUUUGCUGCGCCGUUCGUAUCUCAUGGGCGGUGUGGAUCUGUAUAAAUAUGUAAGUACUUCUUAUCUCAGUCUCAUACUCUCUUUAUCCCGGCGAUGAUGAAGAGGAAACUGAGGACCGUAAAAUCUUCUCCGACGACGAGGAGUACAAAGUGUUCCGCGACUUUAAGAUCCAGGCCUGGAAGAAUCGGGUUUUUUUUGAAGAAGAUCCCUUCAGGUCCAUCUUCCCCCUUACUGAUCUGGAAGAACCUUGGAUCGACAUGACCACAAGGGAAUAUUUGGAGUCUAUUGUCUCCUUAUGUGUUAAGAAGCUCAACGAGGAGAAGAAUACAACCGAUUUGUAAGCAUCCCGAUGGUCCUCUCAUGGAGUAUCAAGCCAAGGCCAUGGAUUUUGGAGGAAAACCUCCUUUUCCCAUCCUCUGCAGACCAGCUUCUACCAUAUCCUAAGCUAAGACUUGCAUAGAUUUGGUAUGCUGGUGGUUGACUACGAGGAAGACCAAUCAUAAUGUAUUGAAAUGAGUCUUUUAUGAGUAAGCUGAGUCCCAAGUGGAUUUAGGUUGUAUUGAUGCUAGCUAUAUGUCUUUUGCGUUGAGACUUAUGGAUUUAAUAUUGUUGAGACUUAUUGAUUUAAUAUUAUGGAUUUUAAUGAUGGUUGUUAUAUUAUGUUUGAUGUUUAUUUUA